AUGUUGAAAAUUUUUAUCAUUAUAUUAAUCCUUAUUCAUGUCAUCGCUUCAACUUCGUUCAACUCCCUUGACACUGCUGAUUUACAAACAAUUGGCUUCAAAUCAGAGUCUACAAAUGAUCAAUCAUACAUUGACGUCGAUCUUGACAAUGAUGUUAAUGACGAAACCAUUGACGAUAGUGACAUCAAUGUAGCAAAACUUAGAUAUAAAGAUCAUUGGGCUUGUGUUAUUUGUACACCCAAGGUUACACCCGGGAUAUUUAGAUUUGCUUUUCGUUGUACUCGAUGCUUUCCACUUCGAAGAAAUGGUCCUAAAUUAGCCCCUGUCUGA